GCUCAGCUAUUAAGAAGGCAUCGUUUUCAGGCUUUGGGUCCGUUGCUGCCAGAAAGAACUCGAAAUAAAGUGCAACUUUGGACGGCCAACAGUGACUGGAAGAAUCAAAUUCAAAAGGUCGCUAAGCCGGAGAACAUCCCGGCUCAUUGGGGAGGCAAGCUGUACGACGCGAAUGGUGACGGAAUGUGCCGCGAUCGCCUGAGCAUCCCAUUUGACCCGAUUCCUCAUGAACUGUAUUGGGAACCCGACGAGCGAGCUCCUGGUCUCAGCGAACUCACUUGUGCGGUAAUUCCAGCCGGUAAGGCCAAAACCGCCACCUACGUGCUCUCCACCCAUGAACCCACCUACAUAGUUGUGAACAGAUUCUGUGACCGAACAUUCGGUAUGGGCAUCUGGUACAGCGAUGACGUUGCUGCUGUAGACUUCAGUUUGAACGAGAUGACGGUUGGUGAUGUAUCUGAGGCAUGGGUGCGAUCAUUGACGGUCUACUACAGAAUCAGAUUUGAAAACGAGAAAGGCGAACUGGUCGAUUUCAAGGAAAUUUAG